AUGUGGUUUGUUUUGGUUUCGAUUUUUGUAACGCGUUUUUGCUACCACAACAAAAAAAUAACCCAAGACAACCAUAACAGACGAGUAACCAUGACCCAGGUUCAGUUAUCACCAUGCAAGAACUACAUUGGUCAGAUCCAGCCGUUGGAAGAUCUGAUUGCGUUGAAUAUAUUCCAAAAUCCACAUAAUACACUAUACCGCUCCUUUCAAGUGAUUGAGAUAAUACAGAGUAAAUUCGUCCCUAAUAACAUUCCUUCCUCGCUUGACAUAAGCUUCCAAUGGGAGUAUAACUACAAAGGGAAAGAUUGUGAAAAAUUGGCUGUUUUGGUCCGAAAUAUGGCUGCUUUAUUUUUUCUUGAUAUAAACAAAUAUGAGGCUUCACUGGUUUUGAUACGACAACCUCAAUAUGAAGGGAUCGAAUCAUUUCAAUGGCUACCACCAACUGACCACGAAAAGAAAACUGGCUAUGCAAAUAGUUCACAGAUAGUGUUAUUUUCAGAAUUGAACUUAUCCGCAAACAUAUAUUCAUUGGACUGUACAAGAAGGCUAUUUACUAUCGAUAAACCAAUAAAUGAUCGCAUUAUCUAUCGAAGGACUUCAAGUGGAAGCUUUUGGUGCAUGCUUGCUGACACCUUUGAGUACAAUGUUCCUCCAACAAUGUAUCAAUUUUCAAACUUGCGCCUGUUUAGCCUAUUGAUGAACUCAGCUAGACUCCAUAACUUUGUCUCCGAGGAGGUUCGUGUAGACUGGUCACCUAGUGGCAACUGGCUUCAAAUACUUGACCAGAACGAGGCAUUGUCAGGGCACAAUUUGAAGGUAUACGGAUCAAAUGGUACUAGUGGACCCAACUUUGCUAAACCGUUGGUGGAUAUUGAAUUUGAAAGUGAGGUUGAAGAGGAUGGUUUGGUGAGAAUUGCAAGGGGUGGAAUACACAAUUGUUGGUGUUCAAUCGAUAGCGAGGAAUUUAUACUUCUUGCGAGAUUGGUAGGAGACCAGUUGGAGCUUAAGGGAGUGUCCAUGAAGUUGUUGAAAGUGGUGCUACGAGCAACAAAGGAUUUAAAGGAGAUUGUUGCCCAGUCUAAUGUGCGUGAUGAUAGUAUUGAUGUGAUGAGAGUGCUACAGCUCCAUGAGCUCAUCUUUGUACAAUUGGGCAAGUUCAUGCUAUGUCUUUUUCACCGCACUGGCGAUGCUGAGUUGAAUUUUCUCACUGCUGUCGAGACACAACUGGAUAUAGUAGACAUCAUUGCCAACAAGAGCCGUUGGUUCAUCAUCACUAAGCAGCAAAUCCUACUCUACGAGAAGAGCUUGGUGAAGGCAUUGUUGUCGACAAAUAUUCCAAUAUAUUCCGCUUCACUACUUGACAAAGACACCAUUGUCGUGUUUAGUCGAGGACCAGAUGGCGAGUUUUGGAACUAUCUCAAUAUUGAGGAAUCAUCACAGAACAGUAAGGCUAGAGGCACUAGUUCCAAUCACCUGACGGAUGAAAUAACCGAUACAUUUGCUAUUCGCAAAAGGGCCAGAAUACAAUGA